ACUAAAAUAAAAUUUAUAUUACAUGUUAUUACAAGUAUGUAUUAAACACUUAUUUUCCACAGGUGAAAUCUACCUAACCUGCAUGACCCACCCACCAUCUCACUUCUUUCGUUCCUCUACCUCUCUUCCCCCUCUUUAGGGGUCAGAUCGGGGGGGGGGGGGGGGGGGGGGGGAGCUUUCUGGAGGUCAUUUUGAAGUCCGAUUAAGGCAGGACCAGGUCCAACCAGGGUCCGAUAGGGGUUUGACAACCUUGCUCUCCGUACAUUUUUGUUACCUUUAGCUUGCAUAAUAGACUACUUUCGUAGUUGAUCGUGACGCGAUAAUUAAAAAAUUUUCAAUUUUUACAUUUCACCUCAUUAUUGCCACCAUUUAAACAUAAAAUAAAAAUAAUUUCUUUUAAUCAUGGAUCUCUUCUUCUCCAGGUUGAAUAGGAACAAAUUUUGCAAGUUCCCUCUCACCGCGGACUCGUCAGAAGCAAUUCCCGAAAAUCUUUGGCUGGCGGCGGUGGUAGAACUCUACUUGUUGCAUCUUGGCCCCCUCAUCACCAGACUUGAUAGGUAUUUCAGGGUGGACCUCACCCGUUGCACAGAGAUGGGUAGGACUGAGAUCUUUCCGGGGAAGACACUCCACCAUAUGAGAGUGAUUCGAGUCGAGCAAGGCAUUGAGUACAUCGAUGGCCUCCGACACUCCACCACACCACGCCGUCAUGUUCACCGCAGGACUUCAUCAUCUUUAGCUGGAGCCGGCCCUUCUUCUUCCUCCGACAACCUUGAGACCCGAGUCUCGGCCCUUAAGGACAAAUUUGUUAGGGUAUCGAGGUUCUCGACCUAGAGACAUUCACAGUGCUUGGUGGAGGCGCUCGCCCGUGCUUAGGGUAUCGAGGUUCUGGACGAGUGGUAGCUAUCUCCACCUCGUCGCCAGGAGUAGUCACAAGUUUUGCCAUGUUGGCACCGUUGUACCUCUACCUUCUCUCUCCACCCUUUGACUCUACACUCUUUGUUCAUUCUUUAUGUGUGUUGAAUUUGUAGUACUAUUGUGUUUGUUUUUAUUUUGUGUCUGUAAGAAACACGGAUCUUGGUGCGUUCGGCUAGGGUUAGAAAAUUGGGAAUUGCUAGAGAAUUGGAGGAUAAGAUAAUAGAAUUAGGGAUUUGAUUGAGGAAGAAGAUCGAUUGGAAGCAGAAGGAAAUUCGGUCACCCCUAGAAUUAAUGUUUGGCAUGGCACCAUGUAGUUGUAAGUGAUUUGUGGUGAGCAUUGGUUUUGAGGACUUGAAUAAAAAUGUUAAUAUGAA